CUUCACAACCUGCCUAAAGAACCCCUCCAAGUAGAUGACCAGUACACUGAACUUGCACUUUCCAUGUUCAUUGCCCUAGAACACUCUUCUGAAAGUACAUAUGAGAAGAUUCACCAGGCUAUUCAGAAGUGUUUCCCUGAUGUAGGGCUCCCAAGCUUCCACCAAAUGAAAUGUCUCCUUGCCAAUCUCAGCGGCAUCACUUCUGUAGCCAAUCAUAUGUGUAUCAACUCUUGCACUGCAUAUGUAGGUCCUCUGUCCAACCUCGAGAUAUGCCCAGAAUGC